AUGGAUAUUCCAGCUACGAUGAGGGCUGUCGUUUGUGAGACGCCUGGGCCAGUCUCAGUAUUACAGAUCAGACAUGUACCAGUCCCAGUACCGGAGCCGGGACAAAUACUCAUCAAAGUGCUCGCAUUCGGCAUCAACCGCGCAGAAAUGUUCACGCGGCAGGGUCACUCUCCCGGCGUCCAGUUUCCUCGAAUUCUCGGCAUCGAGCUCGUUGGCCGAGUCGCCGGCUAUGCCACCGGGGAGGUUGCUCCCAUCCCCAUUGGUACUCUUGUUGCGACGUGCAUGGGCGGCCUGGGCCGCGAGAUUCCAGGAUCAUAUGCAGAGUACGCUUGCCAGUCCUGUCAAUUCGUUCUUCCCUUCCCAGAUAUUAGCCUAGACUUGGCGACGGUGGCAGCUCUUCCAGAAAUGCUGCAGACCACAUACGGCUCGUUGACGGAGGCGUUGAGCCUCCAGCCCGGGGAAUCACUGCUGAUUCGUGGUGCUACAAGCUCCAUCGGAUUAGCUGGUAUUCAGCUGGCCAAGUAUCUUGGUGCUUCUAGAAUCGGGGCAACGAGCCGUUCUGCCGGUCGCGAAGCUUUACUGAGAAGCAGCGGCGCAGACAUUGUCUACGUGGACGACGGCAGCGUUGCCAAGAAGAUCCCGACUGAGGAGCAGUUUGACAAGGUCCUCGAGCUGAUAGGAACAAGAACACUGAAAGAUAGCAUAUUAUGUCUCAAGCCAAAAGGAACUGUUUGCAUGACAGGAAUCCAGGGAGGCGAAUGGGCCUUUAGCGACUUUUCGCCCAUCACCGACUUACCACAGAGACGCCGACUUACUUCCUAUGGGGGUGACCAGCAUGAUUUCAUGUCUAUGUCUUGGCAAGAGCUUAUUUCGGCUGUCAAGGAUGGUAAAAUCAAUAUUCCAAUUCGUCAGUUCAACUUGGAUCAAAUCCAAGACAUUCACACAAUUCUGGAAAGUGGCGGCGGCGGUCAUAAAAUGGUGGUCGUGAUUUGA